GACGUCACGGGGGGCGGGGCGCGGCCAGGUCUGGAACAUGGCGGCGCCCUCGGCCCCGCGGCCGCCCCGGCCCCGCAAGGAGCCGCAGCCGCUCGUCAUCCCCCGGAGCGCGGCCGAGGAGCAGCGCCUCCGCCUCGAGCGCCUCAUGAGGAACCCGGAAAAGACUGUACCAAUCCCUGAAAAACUGAACGAAUGGGCACCGCGACCUCCCCCGGAGUUCGUUAGAGACGUGAUGGGUUCCAGUGCUGGAGCUGGGAGCGGGGAGUUCCACGUGUACCGGCAUCUCCGGCGGCGAGAGUACCAGAGGCAGGAUUUCAUGGAUGCCAUGGCUGAGAAGCAAAGACUAGAUGAGGAAUUCCAGAAGAAACUGGAGAGGAAUAAGAUGGUUGCAGAAGAGCAAACAGCAAAACGCAGAAGGAAGCGCCAGAAGUUAAAAGAGAAGAAGCUGCAAGCUAAGAAAAAUAAACUUGAACAAAAGAAGCAGGAAAAAGAACCAGAUCAAUCCCAAGAGCGAGGCAGCAGCGAGGAUGACGAAGAGGACAGCAAGGAGGAGGAAGAGAAGGAAGAUGACGCUGAAGAGCCAAGUUUUGUGAUGGGAAGAGGAUGAGGCCUUUCAGGGACAGCUGGAAGCACUGUUCAUUGCUUUAUAUCCAGGAGCAUGAAAGCCUUUCAUCUCAGCCAAGCAGAACCCAUUGGCCGUACGUUACAUCUGCUUAACGGGGCAUGGCCUUCACGUCACAGGCCCGAGAGAUAAUGAUAGAGAAAUGCCAAAUAAGAGAUUUUUUUCUUAAUUGCCUGUAUAACUGCUGUGCAGUCUGCUCUAAGUUUGCUCUAAAGAGUCAGCCAUAAGUCUCUGUGACCCUGGAGUUCUUUCUAACAUGGCCCAGAGUGUUUUUCUGUCUGAAAGGUAAAACAUAUCCAUUACCAUUUAAGGGAAAUAUUACUGUGAAGGCUACGUAUUCUACUUAUGGCAGAGCUGGUAGCAGUGGGAUACAUGAAUCUAAGGGAAGAGUUCAACCUGAAGUAGAAAAGUGGUCUGUAGCCAGACUCUCCUGCACUGUGAGUGUUCUGAAUUUGGGGUUUUGUAUGGGGUCAUCUCUAACCCAAAGAAAUCAGUUUAUGUUGCUAGACAAGUUCUAUAGAUUUUUAAUCGGGAUCCCUUUUUUAUUGCUAAAACUUUUCCCUAUUGCUUUUCUUCCGUGUUUUUUAAAUUAAUAAAAGGGAUGUGUUGGA